GGAGGAGAAAACUAAGGAAGAAAAAUGGAAGGCACAAUAGUGUUAUACCCGAUGAUAGGCAUGGGACACCUUGUAUCAACGAUGGAGCUCGGCAACCUCAUCCUCCGCCACUACCACAACCGCUUCUCCGUUACAGUCCUCAUCGGAGAGGGACCUCAGGACCCUCCUGAUGCCACCGCCUUCCUCCACCACAUCUCCGAAACCACCCAUUCCAUUACCUUCCUCCACCUCCCCUCUCUCCCAACCAAUCCUGCUUCUCCUAAUGGGACCCUCACACAAAUCAUUCGCCUCCACAAUCCAAAUGUUCGCCAAGCUCUCCAAACCAUCUCGGAAACCUCCAUUGUUCGAGCUUUUGUCAUAGAUAUGUUUACUACCCCAGCCCUCACCGUGGCAUCGGAACUUGGAAUCCCAACUUACUACUUUCUCACUGGCGGUGCUGUCUUACUCUCCUUCUUUCUUUAUCUUCCAAUCAUUCACAACCAGACCACUAAGAGCUUCAAAGAGAUUCCCACCACCCAUUUCCAAUUCCCGGGCUUGCCCUCCAUGCCGGCCUCAUACUUGCCCGAAGAGGUGCAGGAUCGAGAGCACCAAUUCUACCUUGACGUCUUAGACAUUGGUUUAAACCUUCGCAGAUCAAAAGGAAUUCUGACGAACACCUUUGAGUGUCUUGAGUCAACAUUGAUCAAAGCUAUCACUGAUGGGCUCUGCGUACCAGAUGCUCCAACCCCACCUGUUUACUGCAUCGGACCAUUGAUAGCCAGUCCUAAAAAUCGAAGUGGAGAGGGUGAUGAAGCUGUACAUCACUGCUUGUCAUGGCUUGAUGCUCAACCAAGUGAAAGCGUCGUGUUCUUGUGUUUUGGAAGUGGAGGUGUGUUCUCAGCAAAACAGGUGAGGGAGAUCGCUAUUGGGUUGGAGAGGAGCGGCCAGAGAUUCUUGUGGGUUGUGCGCCAGCCGGUCUCUGAGGACAAUAACAAACACUUGGCGUGGGAACAUAAAGACCCAGAUUUGGAGACUCUGUUACCUCAAGGCUUCUUGGAUCGGAACAAGGAGAGGGGUCUUGUGGUAAAAUCGUGGGCACCCCAAGUUGAAGUGCUGAAUCAUGAAUCGGUUGGUGGAUUUGUGACUCAUUGUGGAUGGAACUCUGUUUUGGAAGCGGUGUGUGCAGGGGUGCCUAUGGUGGCGUGGCCUCUGUAUGCUGAGCAGCGUAUGAACAAAGCAUUUUUGGUGGAAGAGAUGAAGUUUGCAAUGCCAAUGGAGGAAUCAGAAGAUGGGUUAGUGAGCGCAGCUGAGGUAGAGAAAAGGGUGACUGCGUUGAUGGAAUCGAAAGAAGGGAGCGUGCUUAGAGAACGGAGUCGGAAGAUGAAGCAAGAGGCCACGGCUGUGUGGUCCGAGUGUGGCUCUUCUCUGAUUGCUUUCAGAAAGCUGGCCGAGUCAUGGGUCAUUCAAUAA